AUGGGUUUUCAAUUCAACUUUGACAUUGGCGAGAGCGAAAAGUGCGUUUCUAACGAUUUUGCACCGAUCGGUGAAAUUGGUAAAAACGAAUCUGUUCAAGAAAAAGAGAUUCCCGCGGGAGCAGAAGAGGCCAUUGGGAGGGCAUUUAUUAUUCACGCCGACUUGCCAGCGAGGUUGCAGGCCCGCCGCAAGUCCAAGCUCCCAGUCCGGAAUUUAGAGCUCGUCGAAAGUGGAAAUGUGACGAUGGCCUAUUUAGAAGACAAAGACGAAGAGUGCGACGUCGAGAGCGGCGAGUACGAAGGCGGGCGCGUCCUGUGGGAAGGCACCAAAGAUCUUCUGGCCUUUCUAGACGCUAGAAUUAACUUUCAACUGGGAGGGAAGCGCGUCAUGGACCUGGGAUGCGGACAGGGACUGUUGGGAAUCUACGCGCUGAGCAAAGGUGCGACUGAGGUCCAUUUUACCGACUACAACGAGAAGUAA